UCUUAUAACAUUUGCUACUAAAGUUCUGUAUACCCACCCUUACAUGGUCUUGUGAUCAUGCGUAGCGGUGAGAUGGGAUGAUGUGUGCAGUGGAGUGUGGCAGUAAGUGAUAUAUUGCCGACUCUAUACAGUAACGUACCUUACCCAUAUGGACCAGGACCGACGCCGGGACACCUCACAAUCACUACGAAUAGCAACAUAAUGGCAACCGAUAUAAAGCAGAAGUUGGUGAAAGGUCUGACAUCGAAUCCUCGGCAUAUCCCUAUGUGGUACAACUACGAUUAUGUUGGUUCUCAAUUGGAGUUUAAAUUAUUAAUGGGAAAUCCCGAUUUCUAUUCAACAAGGAGCCAGAUUUCUGUUCUACAACAAAACGUACAGGAAAUCAUACCACAGGUUCCUGACAAUCUAAUUCUGGCUGAAUUAGGAAGUGGAAACUGCUUCAAAACUAGAUAUGUGAUCAAUGAACUGCUGAAAAGGCAGCAAACAUUGCUUUUCUAUCCAGAGGACAUUUCUGAAGAGUUUCUGUCAAGAGCAGUGACGGAAUUGUCCACGGAAUACGGCGAGUCACUUAUAACUCGACCUAUAUUUGCCUACCACGAACAAGGACUGGAAGAACUUAAAAAGAUUGAAGGUACCAAGUUAAUUCUAUGGUUCAAUGGUCUGUUCAACCUAUCAUAUGAUGACCAGGUCAAAACUCUCAGGGAACUUUCUACCAUGAUGACAGACAAAUGCAGGCUUGUGUUUAAUGCCGACAUCACCCUAGACAAGGAUGUUAUAUUAAAGGCUUACAAUGACCAAUCUGGUCUGAACAGAACGUUGAUGCAAAAUGGUCUCUUGCGACUAAAUAAAGAACAAGGGAGUCAUAUUGACCUGACAAAUUUCACGUUUGAGGUAGAUUUCAUAUCCGACACCAAUCCCCAUUACAUGAGCUUCGUGAGAACAUACAUUACGGCUAAGGAAGAUAUCCGGUAUCCGAUACCUGGACUUGGGAUUGAUUUGGUGAUGGAAAAAGGCGAAAGACUUUACUUACAUGAAGGCGAAGGAUAUAGCUGUAAAUAUACUCUGGAACAGUUACAGAACAUUGUGAAGAAAGCCGGACUUCGCCUGGAGGACACUUGGACAGAUAGCCAGCAGCACGCUAUUUUCUGUCGUUGUACUUCAGUAUCAACUGAGAGUUCAUUGUCUAUUCUUUAAAAAAGAUGCAUUACAAAUAUGUUUCUUCAAAGAUGUUGUCCUAGAAAGGUACAAUCUGUCGAACUAUAAAAAUAUUUCUGCAGCAAAA